CCAAGUGCUGGCUGCUGCUUUCUAUUUUCUGCCGCGUCUGUUUCUGCAGCUGCUGAUUGUCAAUCAAAGGCACUUUGGCAGAAGGUCAGAAAGAAGACAGACGGACAAGGUCUUUCCGACAAAACUCCAACUCAACAUGAAGCUCUUUGCUGUGUUCCUGCUCUCGUUGCUCUGGCCUGUGUGCUGGUGCCGGAACGAGGAAGAGCGCCUGAUCAACUACCUGUUAAAGGAGCGCAACUACAACAAGGAACUGCGUCCCGUGGAGAGACAACAUGACGUGGUUGAUGUCUACCUCGCACUCACGCUCUCAAACCUCAUCUCUUUGAAAGAAGUGGACGAGACCCUGCUCACCAACGUCUGGAUCGGCCACUCGUGGAAGGACUACCGGCUGUCGUGGAACACCAGCGAGUUUGACGGCAUCAGUAUGCUGCGCCUGCCGACCAACUUGGUGUGGCUGCCUGAGAUCGUGCUGGAAAACAAUAACGACGCCCAGUUUCAGGUGGCCUACUAUUGCAACGUGUUGGUUACCAACGAAGGGGAGUGCAGCUGGUUACCACCCGCCAUCUUCCGCUCGUCCUGCUCUAUCAACGUCAACUAUUUCCCCUUCGACUGGCAGAAUUGCACCCUCAAGUUCACCUCUCUGACGUACAAUGCCAAAGAGAUCCAAAUGCUCCUGAGCACCGACGGCGACGAUGACGGCAACACGUGGACGGUCGAGUGGAUCAUCAUUGACCCGGCCAGCUGGACGGAGAACGGCGAGUGGGAGGUGAUCCAUCGCCCGGCCAAGAGGAACACAUACAAACACAUUCCCAUGGAGAGCAACAAGCACCAAGACAUCACCUUCUACCUCAUCAUCAAACGCAAGCCGCUCUUCUACAUCGUCAACAUCAUCAUCCCCUGCGUGCUCAUCUCCUUUCUGGCCUCGCUCGUCUAUUACCUGCCCGCAGACAGUGGCGAGAAGAUGACUUUGUCCAUCUCCGUGCUACUCGCUCAGUCUGUCUUCCUGCUGCUGAUCUCUCAAAGGCUUCCGGAGACUUCCAUCUCUGUUCCGCUUAUUGUCAAGUACCUGAUGUUCAUCAUGGUACUGGUGACAGUGGUGGUCUUGAACUGCGUGGUGGUCCUCAACCUGCACUUCAGGAGCCCAAGCACGCACAUCAUGUCCGAGUGGACUAAGAGGUUGUUCCUGGAACGUCUUCCCCGUCUCCUGCUCAUGUCCCGGCCAGCCGAGUCUGAGCCGAACUGGGACGGCGGCAUGCAGCGGCGCUCCAGCUCAGCGGGCUACAUCGCGUCGGCAGAGGAGUACUACAGCGUAAAAUCCCGCAGUGACUUAAUGUUUGAGAAGCAGUCGGUGAGACACGGACUCAUGACUCGGCCCACCCAUGCCACAGUGAAAAAGGUACAGGAGGAUGGUGGAGCCACCGAGCAGCUGUAUGGGGAAAUCAAGCCGGCGGUGGACGGCGCAAACUACAUCAUCAAACACAUGCGCAAUAAGAAUGACUACAAUGAGGAGAAGGACAACUGGAGCGGCAUCGCUCGCACUGUGGACCGGCUCUGCCUGUUCCUCAUUACCCCAGUCAUGACAUUGGGCACCAUCAUCAUCUUCCUUAUGGGCCUCUACAACCACCCACCACCGCUGCCCUUCGAUGGGGACACUCACAACUACAGGGAGGACAACGUGCGGCUGCUGUGAAGUGUGCGUGCACACACACACACACACACAUAUUCAACAAAUAUUCAGCUUUCUUUGACUUGUGUGGGGUUUUCCCCUUUUGUUUGAGGUGAAAAAAAAUAAAUAAAAAAUAUUUAAAAGAAAUAAUUUUAAAAAUAUUUUUUCUCACUGAUCUACAAUGCUAAGGACAUGACUUUAGUCUCGCUGCCUCUCACAGAUCAGUCUUGGUAGUACGGCAGCACUUUGAUUUUCGGGGCGUGUGGCCAACUUGUUAUUGGCAUAUAAGAUCAAAAAAGAAAGUCAAUUUUUAUGUAUUUUAUUGUCUUGUUUCAAUAAGUAGCAACAUACAUUUUUUUU